AUGAAUCAAAAUUAAUAUCCAUUGAAAUUUAAGAAUGCUUAAUUGCAUCAUAGAGAUAUUGAUUCUUUAAAUGCCAAAUAAUGGCUAACAGCUGAAGCCAUAUAUUUUGGAACUCAAUACUUAAUUAAAGAAAUACCAAAUGGAAUUUAAGUAUUAGAUCCUUCUAUUGCUACAUUUCUUAUAUUUGAAAAUGAUUUUGAAGAUUUAUUAUCUGUUUAAUAAGAAUUAAUAGGAAGAGAAAGCAUUAUUACAGCAAUAAAUGAUUGUUAGAAUCCUAAUGGAUCACAUUGGGGAGUGUUGUUAUUUAAUUAAUCUAAAUUUUAUCUCUUCGAUUCAGGAUCGAAUUCAGAUUUAUAAGUUACAGUUUAAUUUUGAUAUUUAGAAUAGUGCUGAAUUGAUUGCAUAAAAAAUGUUAGCAAUUAUAAAUAAUGAUGAGAGUUUGAUGAACAAAGACAUUUCAGUUAUUAAAUUUAAUGGAGUACCAAAAUAAACUAAUUCUUAUGAUUGUGGAGUGUAUUCGAUUGCAAUCAUUCAUAGAUUAGUAGAAUGUAUAAAUAAGAAAUAGGAAUGGAAUUUUCAAAAUAUUACUCCUGAUUAUGUGACAAAUAUAAGAUUAGAAUUGAAAAAUUCUAUUUAAUAAAUGUUAUAAUGA